AUGCAGCGUGUCAAGGGCCUGAUGACAGGCUCUUUACCGACAUUUAUUGAUGCUGGCGCCAAUUUUGCUUCAUCCGCUGUAGGCGAAGACCAUUUAUUAUUCCACAUAAAACAAAAGUUUCACAAUAUGUACUUGAUGGGCGAUGACACCUGGCUUAACCUGUUUCCCGAGAUCUUUGACGAUCCUUCCAAAACAUUUGCCAGUGAUAGUUUCAAGAUGCUGGAUCUGGAUUCCGUAGAUAACGAUAUCUUGUCACAUCUAUGGACAGUGAUGGAAGGAGAGUGGGAGGUUGCUAUUGCUCAUUUCUUAGGUGUCGAUCAUUGUGGACAUACAUUUGGUCCAUCCGACCCCAACAUGGCACGCAAAUUGAACCAAAUGAAUACUGUUAUGGAACAACUCUUAACUUUUAUCGAUGAGGACACCUUAUUAGUGGUUAUGGGCGAUCAUGGAAUGUCGUUGGAAGGAGAUCAUGGUGGUGAAAGUGUAGAGGAGCUCAUGAGCACUUUAUUCAUGCAUUCAAAGAGACCGUUAACAAUAGAGGGAGACUAUUAUAAAACAUUACAUCACCGAAUCCAUCAAGCACGGGCAACACGAUUAGAUUACGAUAUACCCAACAUCUCGAAGCGUCUUUCUUAUAAUGCUAGUCAAUACCCUAUCGUAUCGCAAAUUCACUUGGUGCCGACGUUAGCGUAUCUUUUGCAAGUACCAAUACCUUUUGGGAAUUUAGGUGCCAUUAUACCUGACAUUAUCUAUCCGGCAGACGAUGGAAACCAAAUAGCCAACCUGGUACAUAUGGUGGAACAGUUUCGAAUGAACGCUUUGCAGGUGCACGAUUAUCUCCAUCAGUACUCGAAAAGUCACGCAGCGGAUUUUUCUCAAGACAAAACACAAGCAUUGGCACGCCAUCUAUAUCGCGCUGAGGAAAUCAUGGUACGACUAACAAACCAGGAUCAGUUCCAAAAAGCUAUGGAAGCCAGUGUAUCUACAACAAACGACAUACAAGAAUUCAGUUCAUUGUUGGAGGAAGCUAUUUUAGAAUACGAUGCGUUUUUAAUUAGUACUAUCAAAUAUUGCGAAGCUAUCUGGGCACAAUUUGAUACUGGAUGUAUGGUGAUCGGGAUCAUUUUAUUGAUCUCGGGUACCUUGAGUUCCCUUUUGUUGCUCUCAAACAAGACAAAACCCACCAAUGACAAGAGUGUGCUUGUAUUGGGUAUGUCUGCUUUGAUCAUAUCGUGCUCUUUUGUCUAUUUACGAUAUGCUGUUUUCGCACACUUUUUCUUGUCCAAAGGUUGGUUUGAAAAGAUGGAAGUGUUGGAUUGGGUUGGUGUUUCUCUAGUCUUGACCUUGUCUUGCAUCUCGUUGCUAACUCAACACGAAAACCCAAGUAAACCGAGUGUAUAUUGGUAUAAAUAUGAUUGGUUUGUCUUGUUGGCUGGUGGUCUAGCACAAUCGUUUACUCUAGGCUCCAACAGUUUUGUAAUCUGGGAAGAUCGUGGUACAAGGUUUGCCUUGGCUACAUUAUCUUUCCUUUGGAUGAUUCGUAACUUACAGGCUUUAACUAAGUACACGAAAAAAAUGGUGCUGCAAUCGAUUGGCUACCCGUUUUUGCUUUUGGUCUUUGUACGUUUGACGGGUCUUACAGGACAAUGUCGCGAGGAACAAUUCCCUGAUUGCGUGUAUAUGUACAGUAGCUCACUUGAAUUUGGAAACCAUGUCACUGGGUAUUGUUCUACAGCUUUUCUGAUAGCUUCCUUGUUCAUUGUGUAUUACUUUUCUCGAACCAUUCAGAAU